AUGAAUAACUUAUUAUCGAGAUUUUUUGUCUAUAAAUUUAUAUUGGUUAUAUUACUACAAUUUUCUUAUAUAUAUACACAACCAAUAUAUCCUAAAUUUGUGAAGGAGUGGGUAAAGAAUAUAAGUCCACUUUUUUUAAAUGGAGGUUAUAGAUUAUCUAUAUCUACAAGUUUAGAAGAAUUAUUUACUAAACAUUUACAAGGGCGUGAUGUAUAUAAAUCUUGUAUAAUAUUAUUAAAGUCAAAUAUUGAAGUAUUCGAUAAUAAUAAUAAAGAAUGGGGAGUUAUUGAUGAUGAAACUGCAGAAAAAUUGUGCACUACUAUUGAUCCUUUGAAAUCUAUGGAAUGUAGUGGUUUAAUUGAACCAUUAAUAUCUUAUGCUUAUUCAAUAAGGGAAUUUGUGCAAAAAAGAAGUAUCGAAGCACCUGAUUUAAGAGCAGCUUGUAUUUUAGUAUCAGAAAUAGGUCCUAAACGUCCUUUUGGAUUACUUAAUAAGGGGGAUAUUAAAAAAAGAUGUGAAGAUUUUUGUAAUAAUAAUAUGUCAAAUAUGAAUAUGUUUGAAGGAGAUUAUUGUUUAAAUUAUAUACAACUUUGUAAGGCUAUAGAUUUUACUUUAGAUAAUGAUUUCUAUUCUUUAACACCACAGGAUUUUGGUAUGGCUGUAGCAAUUUCAACUAUGUUUGGAGAAAUGGAGCCAAAGGCUAAAAUUACAUUACGUGAUGGUUGUAGAUUUAUGAAAUAUAUAAUUGAUAAAGGUUUAAUUACUAAGAAUAUAAAUGAUAUAUCAGAAUAUUCUUUUGAAUUAGCAUUAUCAGAAUUUUUUGCUAGUCGUUUACAUAAUAUUGGUAUAAUUGAUAAACCUUCUACAGAUAUAAAUACAUUUCUUAAUUCUAGGUCUACUUCUUUAGUAUUAUUACAUAAAGAAAUUAUUAGAGCAAUAAAAUCUAUAAGUCAAAUAUCAGACAAAAAAGUUUUAUUACGUACAACAAAUAAUAAAAUAAAAUCUUCAAAAUCAUCAAAAAUAGAAAAUGAUAAAUAUAUUGAUGAUAUUAGUGAUAUUAUUGAAGAAUCUAAUCUAUCUUUAGGAAUAUAUUCACCAAUAAAUAAAGAAUAUAAUUUUAAUGGAGCACAAAAAACUUGGAGUAUAAUUUUACGUAAGGAGAUAUUAUCAAGAAUAAACAUAAUUCCAAAUAUUGAUUAUUUAAUUAGUGAUAUUGUCACUUCUAUCAGAUCUAAUAGAGUUUUUAUUACCUGUUUAAAUGCUAUGAAAGAAUCCGGGAUACAUAUAUCAAAAUCAAUAAUGUUUUCAGCAUGCUAUAAGAUUGAUCCUUUUUCAUUUCAUGAUUGUCAAAGAUUAAAUAUAUUUGAUUUACAAUAUAUUAUUAAUCUUCAAAAAAAAUUAGAAUUUGAAAUAAAUGGACCAAUAGAUCUAAGAGAUUUAUGUAGUUUCUCAACACAAUUAACUCCAAGUGAUCUUCAUAAUAUAGAAGAAGAUGAUAUUUAUAAUUCAUGUAUUUCAUCAUUAUUAGAAAGUCAUAUUUCUACAAAAUAUAAUUUUAAUAAAACAGUACGUCAUAAUGCUUGUAAAAAAUCUGAUUUUUCUAUACGUACUCCUUGUUUAAAUAUAAUGCAAAGUAUAUAUAAAUCAGAUUAUUCUAAAAUUGAAAUGGUAUUUACUCUUGCAAAGUCUCUUGUUAAUUCAGAUAGAUAUUCAGAUGUUUACUUAAAACUUUUAAGAUCAGGUAAUCCUUCAAAUUUUCCAAAAUUUUCUGAUUUAUGUAUGGCAGUUAAUAGAAUGAAUAGUAAUACUUUUGAAGAAUGUAAAUCCGAGAUAGAAUAUAUUUUAAGACCAUUUUCUUCUAAUUACAUAUUUGAUAUUAAUAAAGGAUGUAGUAAAAUUACAGAAGAAACAAGAUAUUAUAAACCUCAGGUACGAAGAAGUUAUUAUAGCCAACAUAGAUAUAUUCCUACAUUAUAUUUACCUAAAAGAUCUGAAUUAUUUGAAUUAAUUGAUUCACCUGAACUACUUGAAUCACCUGAACUAUUCGAUGUUGAUUAUUCAAAACCAGCUGGUAUGUACCGUCUUAGUGAUGGUAGUAUUCAAUAUUUUAAUGGAAAAAGAUAUAAAAUAAAUGGAAAUUGGUGGAUUAAACUUGGAGAUAAAUGGAUGGUUGAUAUUCCAAUAAAUACUUUUAAUACUAGACCUAAUCAGUAUAUUACUUUAUAUCCUUAUUUUUAUCCUACUCAAGCAGAUAACACUAUAUAUUAUCUAGAUCUAUCAAAUAAAACUAGUACUAGUGACACUAAUAAAAAUAAAAGAAAAAAGAAAAAUCGUCAUAAAACUAGAAGUAUUGGUAUUAUGACAGACUAA